GAAAACAUAUCACCCGCUUGCCAAAAUUAGAACACACAGAUUGAUCUCCAUUUGCACAACGAGGAAGAAAAAAAAAAGAGAGAAGAACAUAUCUAGAAGGGGCGAUGCCAAGAGGGAGAUUUUGAUAAAGAACCAGAUUGUUUUUUUACUGAGGGAGGUGCUAUCAUGGGUCAUAACGCUCGAGGUUAUGAUGAGGGGCUAUGUUUUGGCAGUAACAAGGCAGGUGCAUGGGACUAUGAAACACAAGCAGCACCGGAUGAUCAAACAGAACGUUAUGAGGCAUUUCUAAAUUUGUCGCAGGAAAGCAAUAUGAUGUAUACAGAUUUAAUUCAGCAGAUUGGGUUUCUCAAGGAGCCAAACACAACUUCACAGAGUGGUUAUCAGGCUGAUGCCCCUGUUGGUGGAUUUAUGAAUUUGCUUCAAUUAACAGAGGAUUUUGAGAACAACACGGAUUACUCCUUGGAAAAUUAUUUGAAUGAUGAUGCUAACCUGCAUGACAAACAUGAUGCUAGCAUUGGAGUGGGAUGUAAUAGUAACAGUGAGCACAAUAUGUACAUGACCACUAGUAGAUUUGAGCUUGAUGAGAAGUUUGAGGGAUUUAUGCAAAGCACAGAAUCCCUUUAUGACAGUGAACUCCAUCAUGUUUCUGUUGUGCUCCUUGAUGCCGUCAAUCGUGAGAACAUAUUUGAUGAAGAACCUGCAGAUAUAGAUAAUGCCCUGGGAGAAACUGAAUUAAUAAAUAAAGGGAUUCAAUUAGAUAGUGUGCAUGAUGUUGAACAAAAUGCUGAUAAAGUGGUACAACAAUCACCUGAUGAUACAGCUGUGACAUUUGAUGACAAUUGCACUUUAAGUAUUGCAAAUUCAGAAGAUAUGGCUGGUCAGAAACAAAAUUUGACUGAAGAAGAUAUUCAACUAUUUCUGCAUGAUGAGAGUAUUUCUGCAGCAGUGAGAAGUAGUCAAGAGGGGGACAGCAUGCAUGUUCCAAAAAAAGGGAAAAAGUUUAGAACAGAUAAAGAAGCCAUUUCUUUUUAUCAAAAUUAUGCUUUGAUAGUUGGUUUCUCAACUGUGAAAGCUACGAGUUAUAUUAGCAGGAAAAAAGGAGUUGAAAGUAAGGUUACUAGACAAACAUUUAAGUGUCAGAGAAGAAAGAAAAUGGAGAGCAGUAAGGAGGAAGAAAAUGAGCAAGCUACCUUGGGUGACUUCCUUAAUGCAGACAAAAAUGUUGUUGGUGAGGCAGUAGUGAAAAAACGGAAGUGAAAUAAGAUAAUAAUGACAGGUUGUCCUGCUGAAAUGGUCAUAUCAGAAGUUGGUGACAGUUGGACAAUCAUAAGACUGAAUUGGGAGCACAAUCAUGAGUUGACCCUUGCAGAUGAAACUAAAUUCCUCAAAUCACACAAGAACAUCACAGAAGAAGAGAAAACGCUGAUAAGAACUCUUAAUUCAAUAAAUGUUCCAAAUAGGAUGAUUAUGGUUGUAUUGUCUUAUUUGAGAGGUGGAUUAUCAUCAGUGCCUUACACUAAGAAAGAUGUCAGCAAUUUCAGAACUUCUAUAAGGAAAGAGUGUGGAGUGAAUGACAUGAUGCAAUGCUUCCAAUUUUUUGCAAAACGGAGCAGUGAGGAUCCGCUGUUCUUCUUCAAAUUUCAAACAGACAAAGAUGAUAGAGUGAGAAACUUGUUUUGGGCUGAUGGCAGUGGUAGAAGAUAUUAUGAGAUAUAUGGUGAUUGUGUGAGUUUUGACACAACAGCUAAAACAAAUAAGUAUGAUUUACCGUUUGCCCCAUUUGUUGGUGUUAGUGGUCAUGGAGAUAAUUGUCUAUUUGCUUAUGCUCUGCUUCAGGAUGAAACUCUUGAAACAUUUGAAUGGUUAUUCAAAACUUUCCUAGAAUAUAUGAGCAACAAGGCACCCAAAAGCAUCAUCACAGACCAAGAUUUGGCAAUGAAAGCAGCAAUAAAAAUGGUUUUCCCCAGUACAAAUCACAGGAAUUGUCUAUUUCAUAUUGUCAUGAAUGCAGAAAACAAGACUGGGAGGACUUUUUGUUUGCACACAGACAUACGUGAUGAUUUCUAUGAUAUCAUUCACAAUUCACUUACUAUGGCUGAAUUCACCUUGUUGUGGAAGCAAUUUAUAGUGCGUUGCAGUUUGCAAAAUGUAAGAUACUUCCAUCUUAUGUGGACAACACAAAAGAUGUGGGCGCCUGUGUAUUUCAAAAAAGAGUUCUAUCCUUUCAUCCAAUCUACAUCUAGAAGCGAAGGCACAAAUUCAAGGUACAAAUUGGAUGUAGUGUCAACACAAAGUGUUUCUACUUUUUUGACACACUAUGCAAGAAUAGCACACACAAUACAUGAGUCCCAAAGAGAGCAGGAUUCUAUGACACGCAACACAACUCCCACUUAUUUGACAGAGUAUUCCUUUGAAAAACAAGCAGCCAAGUUUUAUAACAGAAAGAUAUUUUGGAAAUUCCAAAAAACUUUGAAGAACUCAACUAGGUUGCUUGUUACUGAGAGGGUGCAAAAUUCUGUUUUUGAAGUCUUCAAAUCAGAUUUCCAUGCACAAAAUGAUUUUUGAUCUCGGACGUACAUAGUUGUUGUUGAUUGUCAAAGGGGAGAUUUUGUUUGUAUUUGUUCAAAGUUUGCGAAGGAUGGUAUGCUUUGUGAACAUAUUCUAAGAGUUAUGGUACAAAUGAAUGUGCAAGAGAUACCAGAAAAAUAUUUUAUAGAUAGAUGGAGGCCAAAAGAGAGGAAAAUUGUCAGAGAUGAAAACACAUUGAUACCUGAAGAUUUAAGUGGUGCUAGCAAUAUGCUGAGAUUCAACAUAUUGUCAAAAAAGCUUACAUCAUUGGCUUCUGAUGCAUCAAAGGACAAUGAUAGAUUCUGCUAUGUGCUGAAUGAAGUGAAUAGAAUUGCAAAACAUCUAAGUAAUUUCCCAGCUAAAACAAAAGAUGUGUCUGAUUGUAAUCAGGGGGCUGAUGUGUCUGAUUCUAAUCAGGGGGCUGCUGCUGUUUCAGAAAGUUUUCCUGCUCAUGUUGGUGGCAGUACCUCUACAAUUCAAUUGGAAGACCCAGAAAAUGUUGUUAGGAAAGGGAGACCUCGUAAAGAAACGAGGCGUAAGCCACUUGGUGAGCAAUUGAGGACAAAAAAAUCUAUUACUUGCAGUUUUUGUGGAUCACAUGACCACAAUGUUCAGACAUGUCCCAAAAAAUCAGAAGACGGUUGUGACCUUUCUAAGUCAAAAGCUAGCUAUGCUAAGAGGGCUCGCAAACAAAAAAGUUAGCCAUUGUAUUGUGCAGAAGAAGAGUAGUUAUUAAUGAAAGAUACCAAGUAAGGUCUGUUCUCAUUUUUGUCCCUUUUGUUUUUAAGAAACACAUUACAUGUUGCUGACAUGCUGAUUGUGUGACCUUCCUAAGUUAAAACUUAUAACACACAUGGCUUCC